GGAAAAAGGGCAGAGCAAGCAUCUCGAGAGCAACACUAUACGCAAGGCACCUCCGAUGCAAUUGCUAUGGCGAUGUGAUGACGAGGUGAUCAGACGCAGGGUGCCCGCGUAGUCACCCAGGACGCGUAUCCCGAAGGGUGGGUGAACAAGGCAAGGCACAGCAGAAGGCGGCAGAAGACCGACAUUCGUUCGUCGUUUGUUUUAAUGACGCUCUCUUCGUCGCAAGGCCCUUCUUCACCUAAAGUAGCAGAGAUUUCAUCUACUCUUCCUCUUCCCCACGUUCACUCAACAGACACUGUCUCUCCUGCCGUCCUCACCUUUGGGACCCCAUAUCUCGCAGACCAUUAUCAUAUAUCUGUGUCAAUUCCCCCACUCGCACACCGCCGACACUUCUUUGCCACUACAUUGGCACCCAGACCUGCCCUACGCUCCGUUGCUUGCCGAAGACAGUCUGUCACGGCCCUCAGCUCCAUCGGCAAUCGGAUCGAGGACAUCAACCAGACACCGUCAUUGUCAAGCCUCGUACAAUCUGACACGUCGGCUGCAUCACAGAGCAAGAAGCGACACUCUGCCCGUUCCCCUCGCCUGCUGCAGCCAAAACAACCGCGGCUCAUAUCCAGCACCCGAUCGACGGUCGUCUUGCCACCUUCAUUCCGCUGGUUCCCAAGGCGCCUCCACCACUUGCCUCUUUCAACGAAGCCUUCUCCAGAGAACGUGAGUAUGCUCGGUCCUCCUUGCAGCAGCAGUGAUAGGCGAGAUUGACGUAAAGUCAUGGCUAAAUUAAUUUCUGUGCGGAGCUAACCGCCUCUUCCCUGUUCUAUCUUGCGCGCUGUCCCGAUCUAGCAAAUAAGUCGAAGUACGCGAGGCGCUCUCCCCUCAUUAUCACGAGGCUAGAACGUCACCACACCUGCAAGCCUCUCCGGCCCGCUGCAGAAUCCUGCAAAGGCAAGUCUUCGUCAGUCAACAAACCCCGCGCGAGUCCAUCCCCGAGGCUUUUUCAUU